AUGUCUUCUCCUUUGGUUGGUCCACCAGAGCUCCGAGAGUCUGUUACUGGAAAACGCAACACAUCUUCUGGUCCAAGCGAUCCAUUCAUGGACGCAAUGGUCUCAAACUUCAACAAAGCAGCCAAAGUCAAGGAUCACUCUGCUCCUCGUAGAGGCCUGACCGAGAACGGAGCCGACACGUACCUCUCCGCCGGUAAUCCUUGCCUCGACUUCUUCUUCCACGUUGUUCCAAGCACCCCCAAGGAAUCUAUUGUGGAGAGACUCGUCGCCGCUUGGAAUCACGAUGCUUUAACCACUCUAAAGCUUAUAUGUAACCUUCGUGGAGUCCGAGGUACUGGAAAAUCCGACAAGCAAGGGUUUUACACGGCGGCUUUAUGGCUCCACGGUUGUCAUCCCAAAACCCUAGCUUGUAACCUCGAAUCUCUCUCCAAAUUUGGUUACUUUAAGGAUUUCCCGGAGAUUCUUUACCGGAUUCUUGAAGGACACGAUAUCCGCAAAACGCAGAAAAUGGAAUGGAACCAGAGGAAAAGAGGAAUCCAGAGACAAUCUAGAGGUAGUGGAAGAGCUCCUUUCUCUAAUCCUCGUCAUGGAAGCCGUGACGUUCGCCGGAAAAAGAAGCCGACGGUGACGAGGGAGCUGAGGAUAGCGAACGCAGAGAAAAGGAACCAAGUGGAGAAAGAGAGAGCGAGUUUGGAUCGGAAGGAGAAGAAGAUAGAAUUGGGGAUGCAAGCAUUCACUAGAUAUGCUCAGGAUCCAGAGUAUAGGUUCCUCCAUGAACGAGUCUCUGAUUUAUUCUCAGAUCACUUGAGAAGAGACAUCGAGUUUUUGACUUCCGGAGAAACAAACAAGAUCUCUCUAGCGGCUAAGUGGUGUCCGUCGCUUGAUUCUUCCUUCGACAAAGCAACUCUGAUCUGCGAGAGCAUCGCUAAGAAGCUCUUUCCUCGUGAAUCAUUCCCUGAAUACGAAGGUGUAGAAGAAGCUCACUACGCGUACAGAGUUCGUGAUCGGUUAAGGAAGGAGGUUCUUGUUCCUCUUCGGAAAACUCUGCAACUCCCUGAGGUUUACAUGGGAGCUAGCGAUUGGGAAUCUCUUCCCUACAAUCGUGUAGCAUCGGUGGCUAUGAAAUCAUACAAGGACAUAUUCCUGAAACACGACGAGGAGAGAUUUCAGAAGUAUCUAGAAGAUGCGAAAUCAGGGAAAACGACAAUCGCCGCGGGAGCUUUGUUACCACACGAUAUAAUCGGAGAAUUGAACGGUGGAGACGGUGGACAAGUAGCUGAGCUUCAAUGGAAACGAAUGGUUGAAGAUCUGAAAAAGAAGGGUUCUUUAACCAACUGCAUCGCUAUCUCCGACGUGUCGGGAUCUAUGAGCGGUACUCCAAUGGAGGUUGCAGUCGCUCUGGGUUUACUCGUCUCUGAGUUAUCUGAAGACCCAUGGAGAGGAAUGCUGAUAACUUUCAGCAAAAACCCAGAANUGCAUUUGGUGAAAGGAGACGACUUGAGAACGAAAACAGAGUUUGUGAGGAGAAUGAAGUGGAAUAUGAACACUGAUUUUCAGAAAGUGUUCGAUCUGAUUCUGAAAGUUGCAGUGGAAGGGAAACUAAAACCGGAGGAGAUGGUCAAGAGAGUUUUCGUGUUCAGUGACAUGGAGUUCGAUCAAGCUAGAGUUAAGCAAUCGGCGCAUUAUGGUGGUGGAUACUAUGGUCAAGGGCCGAUUCCGACUCCAGGUGGAUGGGAAACGGAUUACGAAGCGAUUGUGAGGAAGUACAAAGAGAAAGGGUACGGUGAAGCUGUGCCGCAGAUUGUGUUUUGGAAUCUGAGAGAUUCGAAGUCAACGCCGGUGAUGGCGAGUCAGAAAGGAGUGGCUAUGGUGAGUGGGUUUUCGAAGAAUUUGAUAAAGAUGUUUUUGGAUAAUGAUGGGGAGAUUGAUCCGAUGAUAAUCAUGGAGGCUGUAAUCGCCGGAGAAGAGUACAAGCAGCUUGUUGUGAUCGAUUGA